AAUGUCGAACCCCAACCUGCCAUCCUCCGUCCUGGACCCGGACCGCUUCCCGCCGGAACUGCUGGAUCACAUCUUCCGGCAUCUCGCGCUUCGGGAUCUCAAGUCGGCGCUGCUGGUUUGUCGCCACUGGCGCGAUCGGAUCGGGGCGAGUUCGACGCUGAUGGACCGGGUGGUGCUCCGAUUUCCGGUGGAUCGACCGCUGGACCGUCGACAUCCGGGCGUGUGGCACGUCAUGGCCAGGCGAGCCCGGCUCGAGCGUUGCUCCGUGGUUUCCGUGGAGCCUUGGUGGGCCGCUUUUGGGUCGAAGCUGGUGCGGAUUGAUUUGAGCAGUGUUACAGUGGAUCUUCCGGUUUUGUUGGCGAUGCUUCGGCAGACUACGAAUCUUAGAGAGCUGGAUGUGGGGUACUCGACGGUUGUGAAGGGUGAGGAUUUCGAUGGGGACUUGCGGUUGAACAGUCUGGAAGGUUUGCUGUUCCAUCGCGCUUCACCGGGAUUGGUGAAGGCUCUCAAGAAUGGUUGUCCUAGGCUGAAGAGACUUUCCGUUACACAUCACACCGCUCCGGGCGAGCCGGAUCUACUCGAGCUGGUGCAGAUUGUCCAGGGUACGCUGAAGGUGCUGAAGCUGAGACUGACGGACACCGUGCUGGAAGCCGUCUCGGAGAUGGACCAGCUGAAACUGACCAAUGCCUGGGUUCAGCACUGUAACGAUGUACUGUUGACGGUGCAGUUCUGUCGUCUGCAACCAACACUCACCACUUUGAGUGUGUUUGGCAGAGAUAUUACAGGAUCGAUACUAUCCGAGAUUGGUCAACUGCUGCCGAACCUGAAACACCUGUCAGUUUGCUUCGCCGGAAUCGACCACGAAACGCUGUCGAUGGACUUCCUAAGAACCGUGCCGAAGCUGGAGUCGCUUUACCUUCUCGGCGAUCCUCACACGCGUCGAUUCAAACACCUGCAGCCAAUCGACCCUUCCCGCCGAGCCAACCUCAAAAGUCUCCAGCUGAAGUACCUAUCCGUACAUCCGGACGAAACGUGGCAGUUUCUAGCUCGGUCCCACCGCAUCCAAACCCUCUCCCUUUCCUUUUGCCACCUGCAAAACUGGCCACAAUUUGCCCAAGCCUUCGGACGGUUGCCGUCCCUGAAACAACUCACGCUCCACUACAACACCGUCCUCGCGUGGCCACAAACCCCAACCCGCUUCACCAACACCACCACCAAAGCCCUAACCCUAAGCUUCCCAAUCCCAAUCCCAAAGAACCACCUCGACAGCCUGCUCUACUCCUUCCCGAACCUCAGCGAGCUCAACCUGGCCGAUACUCGCACCUUUGACGACGCCACGAUCCACCACCUCAGUCACCGGUUCGCGAAGCUGCGCAAGCUGACCAUCAAGAGCUGCUCCAUCACGGACGAGACGGUGCGUCACUUUUGCCAGCAUCCGGGACAGCUGGAGAGGCUCGAGUUGCGCACCAAUUCGAGAGUGUCCCGGCAAGAGGUGGAGCGACUCGAGGAGAAAAUUCGCACCGUGGUUUUUGUUCCCGCUGAAAAGGAUAGCAGAUUCCGCGUGUUCGAAUCUAGACUCGUUUGGAUUGGUUGGGUUGGGGUAUUUGCGCUCGCGUUUGCGGUUGAUUAUUAUUAUUUUUCAAAGAAAUAA